UGCCGACUGUCGAGGCGACAAAUGGCGAGCAAUACGAUGGACACUGCUUAGUGAAAAAUUAAUGAGACAAUUUUUGUAGAGCUAAUCUCAUACUUGAUUAACGUUGACAACCAUGGCACAAGUCAUGCCAAGCUUGCGCCCCGACAGCCAAGGGGUCCAAUUCACAGCCCGUGCAGCCCUCCGGACCCGCGAGAGCAUUGGUCGAUCCCCUUUGUCUCGAUCAGGACGUGCUUCUUCCAUUGGAAGUUUAGCUUCUUCAGGUCACUUAGCAGGUGAAGGAGGCGAAGUUGUUGUGGCAACAUCUCAACCGAAAAUGUCUGUCAUUGAAGUUGAGGCCGCUCUUAGAGAGAAAGUUCGGAGCAAGUUUGACAAUCUGAGACAGGCCUUCAAAAUGUACGACGUUGAUGAAAAUGAAACAGUCACCAAGGGAGAGUUUCGAAGGGUGUUAGAAUCCUACUGUUUACCCCUCACCACAGAGCAGUUUGAUGGUGUUGUUGCUAAGAUCGAUUGCGUAAAAGGUGGUACCGUUGUCAAGUAUGUGGAUUUUCUCACAAAAUUCUAUGGUGGAGAUGCCAGUAACAAAAUGAGAAGCGUCAGGUCUGGUCCUCCAGCGCCACGAGAAGUUAAUAUGGACAUGAUAGAGAAACUUCUCAGAGACAGGGUCAAUGGCAACCUAAGGUCUGUAGUUCGAGGCUUACAGCUUUUUGACUACAACAUGGAUGGGAAGAUCCAACGCCAUGAGCUGAGACGAGUACUGGAGAACUAUUGCUUCAAGUUCACAGAUCAGCAGUUUGAUAAGCUGUGGUUGCGGUACGACUUCCAUCACACAGGUCUGGUCAACUACCGUGACUUUCUGAAAAGACUUGGUGUAAAUGUCAAAAACAGUAUAAAUGCUCCGACUAGUGACUCAGCUGCUGGAGCUUUGAAAUGGCCUAAGAUGUCAUCACCUUCUUCAACGGCUGGUAAAGUCGCCAGCAGCCAGCUCAAGUCACAACAGAAAGAGGAUGAGAAACUUCUCAAGUCUUUGACUUUCGAACAGAUCGAAAUUGAAUUCAGAAAUAGAAUGAAGACAAACUACUUGAAGCUUAAGAAAGCCUUCAUGACCUUUGACAAGCACCUCGACGGCUACGUGUCCAUCGAUGAUCUCAAGAACAUCCUCAACAGCUUCACACUGCCCAUGUCGGAUCAGCUGUUUGUUCACCUUAUGGAAAAAUGCGGUGUCAAAGCCAGUGGCAGAGUUGCAUGGGAAAUUUUUCUAGAAAAAUUUCAAAACCCUGUUACUGUUGGCAAUGGUCAAACUCUACCGAUCCGACCCAACCACAGGAUACAUCCAAUAAUGGAGACUCAAAAGAUCGUAGACUGGGACGCUAUAUGGAAUCAGCUGUACAAGAGAAUCCAGUCACACUACAACAGUCUGAAGGAAGCCUUUUUGCAAAUGGACAAAAACAGAGACGGAAGGGUGACCAAGAAGGAGUUCCGUGAGCUCAUAGAAAAAUUCACAUUCCGUUUGGAUGACAGACAGUUUAAAGAGCUCAUGUCCCGAGUAGACCCCGACCAGAACAGCCGAGUGGAUUAUCACACUUUUCUCAGACUCUUUGAGGAGAAGGAGACCAAGGAGGGCCACAAGUGGUUGAAGUCUGUUCACAAGUAUAACGACAAGCCAAAACCAGCCAUUGUGGCGUGGGAAACUGUGGAAGAGCUCUUGAGGGAGAAAAUCACCUACUACUGGAAAGAUGUCUCAGACUGGUUGACAUAUCAUGACAGGAAGGGAACAGGCUACAUGUCCAAAGGAACACUGAAAAAGAUUAUCGAUAUGCAGGUUUUGCCUGUUUCAGAUAAUCACUUCGAAAAUUUGAUCAGCCGAUGUGCAGACUUCCAGGACGGCAAGGUGAACUACAUGGAGUUUAUUGAACGGCUAGGAGUGGACGUAUCACCCGGAGAUGUGGUGGGGCUCAGCUCCCAGAUCAUGUACGGCAGUGGACAGGCGGAGAUGAAGAGACAAGUGGACUUGAUGAACAGACACAACCAGAUGGCAAUGUCCCAGUGCUACAGAACCAGUGAGAUGACCGCUGACGAAGUGAUAGCUCGCUUCAAAGACAAAAUGGCCCAGCUGUCCCCAGCUCUGCGCAAGGCUUUCCUCACGUAUGAUAAAAAGAACAAAGGACGCAUCACUAAAGCACAGUUCAGGGCGAUCCUGUCAGACCUCGGAAUCCUCAUGUCAGACGAGCAGUACUCUGAGCUGAUGGCCCGCCUGAACCUCAAUAACGGACACAUGCAAUACAUGGACUUCAUCAUGAACUUUGGCGACCCUCGGCACUCAGAGUCGCUAGGCAUUGUGUCGCACAUGGACAACCAUCGAGUCAACCCCAUAAGGGGAGACGAGCGCACUAUGACUGCUUUAGAAGUGGAGUCAAAGCUGCGGCAGAAACUGAGAGAGAAUUUUACCAAUCUUAGAGGGGCUUUCUACAAAUUUGAUGACCUGCACCGAGGCUGCUUAAACAAAUCCAGCUUCCGAAGAAUGCUUGAUGCUUUCAUGAUCAACAUGAACGAUGAUGAGUACGAAAAACUGUGUGAGAAAUUAGGAAUUGUCAAAGGAUGCAGGAUCAGCUACUUGGAAUUCUUGGAGAGAUUUGAGCAGCGAGACACAGCAGAGGGACACAAGUGGCUCAACUCAGUGCACACGUACAAUGAGACGUUCCCCCCCAAACCCCUAAGUGCAGAGGAGGCACACAACUUGCUUGGUCUCAAGGCCUACAGACAAUGGAAAGAUCUGUCAAAGGCUUUCCGUACCAUGGACAGCAAAGGCAAUGGAAUUAUCACCAAACAGGAGCUCCGAGACACACUUCACAAGUUCACGAUGCCCAUGGAGGCAGAGGAAUUCAAGAAACUCUGGGCCAAGCUGGACAUCGACAACAAAGGCUUCAUCUCCCACCAAGACUUCCUGCAGCGGCUCGGCGCCCGGGAGUACGCGCCCGGCGAUGACCAGGGUCCCAGCAGCAACAUCAUCAGCGGCAACUACCGCUUCCUGGACGAGCACAACUCCCUGCAGCAGCAGCGGCACGAAGAUAUCACCUGGAACCAGGCCAACCUCACCAACAACAUGCCAGCCAUCAUGGUGGAGCGACAGUUACGGGACAAGAUCCGAGACAGCUAUCAAGAUUUCUACACGGCAUUCCGCAAGUACGACAUGCGCAAACUUGGUUCACUGACUCCUGAUGACAUCCAGAAAGUCCUCAUAGAACAGAACUUCUUUAUCAACGACGAACAGUUCUUUGCUCUCUUGGACAGAAUUGGCUUACCUACAGACAGAAGUCGCAUUAACUACUCAGACUUUUUGAAGGCAUUUGAGGAUGGGCGAAAGUCAAGCUAUGGCCGACAACCACGGGACAUCCGUAUUGAUGAGUUCAGGAAACUUAACCCUCAGGAGGCAGAGAAGAAGCUGAAAGAACGAUUGGAGGCGAACAUAGAUGAUGUUACAAAGGCCUUGGCAGCUUUCGAUCGGGAUGGCAGUGGCAAAGUGCCGGUUCCUGAGUUCCGACGUGUUCUGGACCUGUUCUGCUUCAUCUUGACCGACGUCCAGUGGAAGCACAUCAAAUCUGGCCUGAGCAUUGGACCUGACCAGUGUGUGGACUACAAUGAUUUCUUGUCCAGCUUUAUUUCUGGAGAGAUUGACAUCAGUGACCAGUACCUCCAGUCCCUCCAGAAUGCUUUCCCCCCGGGGCCGAACCCGCUGGUCUCGGUGGACGAGGUGGCGGAGCGCGUGCACGAGGCAGUUGUUUCCCACUACCACAACAUCCUGAGGGACUUUGAGAGCAUCGAUUAUGCCAAGAUCGGCUCUGUGACGGCUGAGGACUUCCGAGAGGUCCUGGCUCGUCAUAUCAUGAGAAUGAAUGAUGAGCAGUUUGAGAGACUAUGGAAUGUAUCGCCAAUCAACACCUACGGAAACUUGGAGUACAAACAGUUUUUGAAGGUGUUCUCCGAGGACAUGCCAAUCAUGAUGGAUUCUGGUCCCGUGCAAUCGUCUGCCAACAAAACCUCAGCCCAAAACUUGGCGGGGCAACAAGGGAGACCGUCGACCUCCAUGUCCCAACGCCCUGCAUCCAGAGUAAGCAAUCGACCGUUCUCCAGAAUGUCUCGGUCUAGUUCUCGAUCUGGCCGAGCGGCCACCCCUCUGGUGAAUGCUGAGUCAGCCGAACGACAAGUCAAAGACACAGUGUUCCGUUACUGGAAGGAAAUUCAGAAGCGAUGCCGUGACAUGGAUGUGGAUAAUUCUGGCACUAUCUCUGUAACUCAGUUUGGAGAUGUACUGAGCCAGUAUGGUUGUCUUCUCCCUCCUCCUGACUUCAAUGAUCUGGCAAUCAAAUACGAUAUCAACGAAAAUGGCCGCUUCCACUACAGUGACUUCAUUCGUCAUUUCCUGCUGUCUGUAAAGCCUGGAGAACAGAGAGUAUUGACAAAUCGAGACAGGAUGCCGGCGAAAAAGUUAUAUCAUCCAAAUGGCACGAUUGAAGAAGAAGGGGAGGAAAACGACGCUGCCCGGCGCACAAAAGACUGCGUGGGUCAGAACUGGAAGGAGAUGAGGAGGGAGUUCAGGAACGUGGACCAGGAGACAAAAGGCUUGGUCACAUCCGAGGAGUUCCGCAGAGUGUUGCGCAUGUUCAACAUCAACCUGUCGGAGAAUGAGUUCCAGCAAUUACAAGAUAAAUACGAUAAAAACUUUACAGACUGGGUCAACUACAACGAAUUUUUGAAACAUCAUCUCCAUUGAUGAUAUAUUAUGAUUAUAAUCCUGAUUUUUUCUAUGGCGCCCACUCCUGUACAAUACAGCUCUAGGCAUUUUACAAUACUUUCAUCUUUACACACAAAACACAAGUGAAAGAACAUGCUUACAUGCACUCUUUAAAUUUAUACUAACACAUAAGCAGACAUUCAUCCUAUCACAACAUGAGAACUGUCCCUUUAUUGCUAACCUAUCUCUGAACUAUAUUUAUCAAGUGUGUAACAUGUCACAUAUAAAAAAAUUGUGACUUGUUGGACAUUAAUACUUAAUGGAUUAUAUUGUCACCUUUGCUAUAAGACUGGCUAAGUGCAGCAAAGCAACUUUUACAAGAGAAGCAAAAAUCUUAUUUGGUAUCAUCACACAGCUAUUUGACUACCAACGAGCUGUUCAGCUUUCGGAGCUUUUCCAGCCAAAAAUCAGACCUGUUUAUGACUGAGCAUAUGAAAUAUAAAUAUAAUUCACUAUCGAUUUGUCAAAAUUUUUAAUAACAGCUAUUUUGUGGGUUAGCUGGUCUUAUUACAAGAGCGAUGAUAUUUUGUUGUAUGUAAAAAAAGAUUUAAAAACGAUGCUAAGUUUUGUGAUUUGAAAGAUUUUUAAACAAUUUACAUAGUAUUAUUUCACACCAGACUAGGAUAAUUCAAACAAUUCACUUCAAAUAAAAAAGAUUUUAUUCACGAUGUAGGCUUUCAAUAAGCUUCUUUUCCUCCACACUGUUCUUUCAAUUUAAAAAAUAAGACCCAUUAGUCAAGCGUAGAUGAUGUUCUCAUGUGAUUAGCAGCAACCUCUUCCAAACUGAAACCUGCUCAAAUAUCAAAUUCUACAGCUUUCAACUCAUGCUAAAUUUUUUGCCUACUUCCGGAUGAGUCCAUUAUUGUCAUAGGAAGGAUUAAUGUGGUUUAAAAAAAGCUCAAUUUUAAGUCUGUUCUGAAUGUAAAUGCACAGACAAUUGGAAAUAGUGUGUGACUUAAUUAUUGUAGUUAUUUAUUAAGAUUAUAUUCAUUCUGAAGUAUUCUAAAAUACCUUUUUAGCUCUUUAAUGAGCUCGAAAGACACUGAUCGUUGUUAUUUUUACUUCUAGGGUCAUUUGUAUUUACACUAGGGGGAAAAAUGCACACCAAAAACUGACUUUUAGGUUCAAAUAAAAUGUUAUUCUCAUCUAGGAAAAACAAACAGUCUGAAAGGGUUACCCCUCUUUUCACUUAGUUCACUUCUUUGUUUGCAAUUAUCUUAUAAAAAUGUUAUGCCACUUCUCUACCUGAUUCCCUUCUUCCAACGUUUUUAUAGAAUGUAUACCUCACAGCUGACUCAAUUUUAGUCCAUGUUUCGAUUUUGAGCCGACAUUUCUACUAUGUAUGAUCCUAGCGGAAUCCCAGUUGAGCUGUGAUAUAAAUUGUGUCGAUGGAGGUGAAACACAUCUACGUCUACAAUUACAAUUCACAAAUAAAGAUGGGAGUUUGAUUCCUGGCUUUGUUGGAUAGGACUUUAUUCUUGCAAAUAUGGUUAGGAAAAUUAUUCUACCUUCUUUUCCUUAGUCUACCCAACUACAAAUGGGUCAUGGAUGGAGAAAAUAUUUAAAAUAGUAUGUGGUGCUGGCCUAAGAGACUGCAACUGUGUAAGACCAUAGUGGGACUGUCGUCUGAUUUGGAGUAAACAGAUCAGCCGAGGGAGUUAUUGAAAAGUAAGUGCUUAUUUACACUUAACUGUAGAAUAAAAGUGCAUUGUGUCCAAUUUCUCACAGAGUUUAUACUUUUUGAAGACUGUUUGUAGGUAUAUUUAGGAAAUUAAAAAUUGUUCAAUGUACAUACUUUGUUCAAGUAAAAGGUAGGAAAGGGUCAAUAUUUGUUUGUACAAAGAGAAUUUUUACAAAUUUGAGCUAGUGUGUAAAAUAUUUAGAAAUUUGUUUAAAACGUGAAAAUAUAUUUUGUAUUCACAUGAGCUGUGCAUCAAAAGCUCUACCUUUGCACAAGUAAGGUGGUCCAUUAAUAGUAUUCUUAUGAUAAACGGUAAACGCUAUUCCUGAAAACAGCAAACUAUGUAAAUUCAAUAUUCUAUAUAAUUUUUUUUUUUUUUCACAUAGUGUGAUUAUUUUAUAUCUUUAUGUGCAUUGUAAGUAUUCAAGUCAUGACAAAAUUUUAUUGUAACUGUGAUUAACACUUUUAUAAUUCUUUGGCUCCGUCAACUUUGUUAAGAAUUUAUGUAGGCCUACAGUGCGCAAGUGUACAGAGAUUCUUGAUAUUUUGUUUCAAUUUUACAUUCCUUGUGACUUUAAGUAGGUUUCUUUAGUGGUAAGAGAGCAAAGCAUCGUUAGCCUUUCAGAAGACGAGUUAUAUUCACCUUGGAGAACAGAGCAGGAAUUACAAUUUUUUAACUUUUGAGUUUGAGUCAAUCACAGACUCUAAGCUGACCUAAAUGACUCAUUGUGUACUUUGAGUAUUGGGUAACAAAAGUCCUCAAGACAUAGGCUAAUACUUGUUUGUGAUACAAAUAUUAAUGUCUUCAAACAUGUCUUGGACUUGCUUUUGUUUCAUCUCCGAUGCAAAGAACACUUAACUCAGCAAACUAUUAACCCCUUCAAUGCCAUAUUGACGUACCUGGUACAUCAUGGAUUUGCACAAUUUUCCACUUCUUGAUGUACCUGGGGAUACAAAAUGCGUCAUAUCUGAAGGGUUAAAUGAUUGAUAUCUCACCUUUUUGACUGUGUACUGAUGCCAUAAAGUGGCCACAACAACAAACCAUGCACCGGAGGAGGAUCACAUGUGUCCGAGUUCUACAUUAUAUAAGGAUGAUAAUAUAUUAUAAUGAUGAUAAUGAUAAUAGUAAAAUAAGAGUUUCUUUUGUCAUGUCUGACAAUGACCAAUUAUCUGCAGAAGGGAAUGUUUUUAAAGCAAAGCGUAAGAAAUAAGGGAAAAAAACCUGAUUCAUCAGAAGGACCCAUGGGAACAAUUAAUUUAAUGUGGUGGGGACGUAGAAAAAAAAUCCUGUUAAUUUCUUUUUAAAAUCCAUCUUACCAGUUUCCAAAUCUCUUUCCACUAAUAUUGUCAGAACAUUGAGGAAAACUAUAUCUUUGCUUCUCAAAAUUACUGUAGGCCUAUCUUGGAUGUUCUGAAAAUGAAAUGGUAAUAGUUUUGUCAAGUGUUUGUCCAUGUAUUCCCAGUUCCGAGUGGACAUUUUCAUUUCUUUCUUCCACUUCUUCUAAUAUUGUUUUCCCUGACAAUGGCCAUAGGGUUUCAGUCCAGUGGUGCUGAAGAAAUGAAUUCUUUUAAGCAGUUACUCCAUUUUGCUGAAAAGCUUUUGGUGUCCAGUAGUGUGUGUGUGUGUCGACUAGAUUGCUGACAUCACAGAAGACCCACCAGCAGACUCGCAGAACAUGCUGUCGCAUAUUUCUCUGACAUCUCACUUCCUUACUCGUAAGAUGUGUGUCCUUGUUGUUGGACACUUUCCCAACCUGUCUCCUAUUGGUGGGAAUAGGUAUCAAUGAAAAAAAGUAACCUUCUCAAAGCAAAUCAUGUACUCUAACUGAUUCCAUUUUUUUAGACGUGUUGUUUUAAAAUGUAUUAUAGAACAUAAAUAUUGACCUCAACAAAUUAUAUUUUCAUAACAAGAAAAUUGUCACUUUCUACUAGCGAAAUUUUUAAGCUGGAAAUACCCCUGCUGUUUUGCUUUCAAACUGUUUAUCAGUUUGCAUACUGCUGCUCCUUUACAUGAAAGCAUUUUUCAUGUAGUAUUUUUUUUGGCAAAUUAGAAGAAUCGCUGCACAACCUCUUAAAAUUAUUACCAUUUUACCGCACUAUGACCAUCGUAAGUCAUGUACUUUGCAAUCUUUUUCAGCGUUGUUUUUAUUAAAUGUUUUCUUUCUUGUGCUCAGCUUUUGUUGUUGUUGUUGUUGAUGAUGUUGUUAUUCAGCCAGCUGAUCUUUAGUAUUCUGCUCACCGUGCUAGGUCCAGUGUCUUAAUAAUUUGACAAGCAUAAUGUGAUACAUGUGAAAUACUGCUGUAGUUCCAGGAAAUUUCAUUUUGUUUGGAAUGAAUACUCUUUUUAUCCUAUAUACACAUGAUACAUUUUUGAGAAUCAAAUUCAUAUACCAGUAUUAUUUGGUGCAGAGGCAAAAAUAACACUUGAAUUUUCUCUAUUCUUUUUCUGAUUUUCUUUUUUAAAACAUUUUUUAAAUACAUCUUCAGGUAUUCUGAAGAAACUGCUGCUGUUGUCUGUUACAUUUCUUUGUGUUAUUUUUGCCCUUCCAUACGCCAAAACUGUCUCACGAUUGAUGUACCAGAUCAUUGUUUUUUUAUAGAUCAAUCUAAACCUAAUUCGUGUAUAUUGUUUUUACUUUUGUCCAUUUUUGGAAAAGGUGAAAACUAUAAAAUUAUAUGUAGUAAAUGUGUCAAGAAAUAAAGCUCAAUAUUAAAA